CCCGCCCCAGAUUACAAGGAGGCUUUCCAGCUCUUUGACCGGGUCGGGGACGGCAAGAUUCAGCUGAGCCAGUGCGGGGAUGUGCUGCGGGCCCUGGGCCAGAACCCCACCAACGCCGAGGUCAUGAAGGUGCUGGGCCACCCCAAGCCCGAUGAGCUGCACUCCAGGCGGGUGGAGUUCGAGCAGUUCCUGCCCAUGCUGCAGACCAUCGCCAAGAACAAGGACCAGGGCACCUUCGAGGACUACGUGGAGGGGCUGCGGGUCUUCGACAAGGAGGGGAAUGGCACCGUCAUGGGGGCCGAGCUGCGCCAUGUGCUCUCCACGCUGGGCGAGAAGCUGACGGAGGAGGAGGUGGACGCCCUCCUGUCCGGGCACGAGGACUCCAACGGCUGCAUCAACUACGAAGCCUUCGUCAAGCACAUCCUGUCUGGCUGAGUGGGUGCUGUCGGGCCGGGCAGGAUGCGCCUAAGCAACUGAUGCCUCCUCAGCCCAUUGCUCUAUGGGGGGGGGGCUGUUCCCUGCCCCCUUUCUCUCUCUCUCUAACCCGCCCCCCACCACCCAAUGGCUGCUGCGAAGGACUUCUACCACUGCCCAAGGAGAGCCCAAAACCUCAGGACACCAGCGGCUGAGGAUCCAGCCAGGGGGGAUGCAGGCUCCCCGUGAGAGCAGCGGCCCAGCCCGGGGGUGCCCACCAAGCCGAGCCGCGGUCCCGAUCCAGGGUGGGGAAGGGACCCGAUCCUCCUUGCGUUUGGACAAUAAAAGCCCUUUGUUUGCAGAA